CUCUAAUACCCCGUCCCUCUACUGGAUCAUUCCUGCUCUGUUGCCUGAUUGUUUUCCUCCCUAAUUCACAUAUACGUUCAAAGAUGGUUGCAUUAUUUCCCGUAGUCUGCGCUGCUCCGCUGAGCAAAGAGGUCAUGGAUCGGUUCAUUGAGCAAAAUGACGACGUUGAUGAAGACGAAUGGUGCCUUGUCUUCGUGGACAGCAUUGACAACUACUACGACGAGCCAUCACGGGCACCAAUCGAGAAUGACAGCAACCCAAACUCUCCAUUCAUCGGAAAGACGCCUCAGGAAUGCCACCAACUGCUCUUGAAGCUUGUCGAGAACACCGAGUCGGAAAUUAUGCCCAGCUACUUUGCCAUCCUGGACGAGAGGUCCACACGAGACGACACGGUCCUGCUCGUGUGCGCUGCGAGGGGUCUCGACGGCGAAAUCUUGGGCUGGCCUACUGUUCGUGCGACCUUUCAGGCUUCGGCUAUCGCGUUGAUGCUGUAUCAUUCUGGGCACAGCAGUGUAGAGGAGGAUGUGGAACGGGCUGAAAGUGAGCCGGAUCAUGUCUAUCGUGGGCAGUGGUCUACUGUCAAAUAAUAGAUCAUAGCGAGGGCGAGAAGCCGAGCGUGUGCUACUGGAGCAUCUGCUACUGGACCUGGGAUUAGGUUUGGUUCACCUUCUAUGGUGUUAGGAAUUUGAAGUCCAAG